CUGCCACCUGCCACAUGCCACUUUGCGCUUUCGGCGCUUCUGUCGACAGAUAAUAUAUUAGAGAAGAUCAUUAAUAUGCUGUCGGUUAAAUAUUCCGUCCCUUCCUUUUAUGCAACGUUAAUGUAAUAUACCGGGGUACGCACGCGCACGCACGCACACCCACCACACCCACACGCACACCCACACACACACACGCAGUCAGCAGCAGCGACCCACCGUCCCACACCGACACGCUGCGUGGACCGAGACCGACUGACGCGCCGCAGCCGCGGGGAUGUGGGACGAGCACGUGAUGGGCGAGCGCGGAGGACUGUUGUCAGAGAAUGCCACCGCCAGCCGAGACAACAGUUUGCUCCCGACUGUUCGAUGCCAGCUUUGAAAUAUAGGUCGAGCAACCGAUAACGUCGAGUCGUGAUUCUUUUUUUUUGGGGGGGGGGGGGUCCAGCGGACUGCGGUAAACAUCCCGGUAUGCCUCCUGCUCAGAGCCUCCAAUCCAGCAGACUGACCCUGUCCGAAACAAGCAUCGGUUCCUUUAAGAGAAGGAAGAGGAAAUCCAUUAUAGUGACGGUGUUGCUGCUCAUCGUCUCCGUGCUGAUCCUCAUCUUCGGCCUGGCAGCGACCACCAGGACGCAGAACAUCACCGUGGGCGGGUACUACCCGGGAGUCAUUCUGGGCUUUGGCUCCUUCCUGGGAAUCAUUGGGUCUCAUUUGAUAGAGAACAAGAGGCAGAUGUUGGUGGCAUCGAUUGUCUUCAUCAGCUUCGGAGUGGUGGCCGCCUUCUGCUGCGCCAUCGUUGACGGAGUGUUUGCCGCGAGGCACAUUGACCUCAGGCCUCUGUACGCUGGCCGCUGUGAGUAUCACUCCAGUGACACUUCACCUGAACGCGACGUGGCGUGUCAGGCGUCAUCGCGGUCAUCCUGUAACCUGCACGUGAAGGGCAACACCUGUUACUGCUGCGACCUCUACAACUGUGGGAAAGAACAUCCUCUUAUGGGACUUCAGAAUAAAGAUGUAUUGAAAAAGUUUAGAAAAUCAUCCAUGCUUUGGAAGUCCAGCCGCGUGGAGAUGAUCGGGGGCUACCACGAGUAUACGGACGUGAAGAGCUGCCAGGACGUGGUGCACCUCUAUCACCUGCUGUGGUCCGCUACCAUCCUCAACAUCAUCGCCCUCUUUCUGGGCAUCAUUACUGCAGCGGUGCUGGGAGGCUUCAAAGACAUGAUUCCCUCCGCUGCCUCAGAGACUACGUCUGAACCAGAGGCCAUCACCGCGCCCGUCCCCCCACAGCCGCCCGCGGCCGCCACCGCCAUCGGCUCGUAUUACGACACGGCCCCUUGCCUGCCGCCCUACACGGCCUACGACCUGCAGGGCUCCUGCCUGUUUCCCGACUCCUCGGGCCUCUCGGAUGACUCCCAGUCCGGAGCCAGCCACCUGUGGCCCACCAUGGUCCCCCCACGCUACUCUCCCCCCCACAGCCACCCCGACGAGAAGCCCCCACCCUACAGCCCGUAACUGUCGGGCCAAGAGGGCACCGAAACCCCCCCCAGGUGCUUUUCACGUGCCGAUUGAGCGGUUUGAACGUUCAAUUCCUCUGAACUUUGAGAAGGAAGGAAAAAGGCGGCACCUCCGCUCCCCACCCCCUCCCGACAAGAGGAGAGAGACGACCGGAUGGAAGCCAGGACUGUUUACACAUCCAUCUGCCUUACCGCUAACGGGCUUCCGGUGCAGCAGCUCUCGGCCUCUUUUGUGUCCACGGUGUUUCCUCCUCCAGCUCCCGCUCUAGGUUUCCCUCUCGUUAGUUCACACUCAAUCACGCCUCGUCACGCCUCGGGCGACAGAGAGGACGGCGUCCUCGCUGUUGCCGAGGCGACGAUCCGGCGCCACCGUCGUGUGAGAUCGAACCCGGUGACAUAAGACGGCUUUGGUGUGAACGCUGGAUGAGAAAUGUAAAAACUGUAGUUGUAAGGCUAAGGCAGAUGUUUCUUUAGCGGUGUUGUAGGCCAUGUAGGCAGUCAUGCAGAUGUUACAUGCUUGUUUUGUAUGUACAGCAGUAAGGUAUACAGAUGCUCCGUUAGCGGCUAAGAAUAAGGUAUAUGAACAGAUCAUGGUGUCUACUUCAGUGUGUGUUGGUGCACUUCACAGAGCAACGGUUAUAAAGACAUAAGUUAUUUAUGCAGUAGAUGUUAAGGGAGGACGGUUAAAUUAAGCAGGUAAACACAAACCGCCUCCCUCGUUGUCAGUGGUCAUAACAUCACGUCUUUGUGUUAAAGUGAGUCGUCUCCUGACAGGUCGGUGCUGGAUCCGCUGACACGAGGAGUGAGAUCGUGAAAGAAUCGAAAUAGUGAACUUAGUCCGCGAGAAGGGUGUCAGCUUCAGUCACUGCUUUUUAUAUUUUGAGGCCAUUGCCGGGGGCUGUUUAUCAGCUCCUUUUUGUCUUGCCAUUAAAACAUGUUUUGUGUAAUUGAAA